CUAGUAGUCUGCUAGGGCCGUGGUCUUGAGCUGUCAUGUCGGAGAGUGAAUACGCUCACGAGUGUAUGCGAGCUGAGCUUUUGGGACUGCCGAAGCCCGACAAAGACUCUAUUCCUCCUCGUCCAGUUGCUUCCGAAGAAGACGAAAUCGAAUCCGAUAUGGCUGAGGCUGACCAAGCGAAAGUCCCCGCUGAGGAAGGAGCAGAAUUGCAAGAUGAACAGAGGGCUCAGGGCGGAAUGGAUGGGGUGCACAAUAUUCUGUCCCUUACCCAGAAAAAACUCAACAACAUUAAGUGUGGCAUUGGUAAUGUAGGGAGUAGUUUCAGCUCAAGCCUGAGUGGUGGUCUGAGUGGUCUAAGUGGAUUGAGUGGUAGUUUGAGUGGGUUCAUCAAACAGCGUGUUGGUGGGGGAGAAGGGGGCCCCUCAGGAGGCGAAAUUCCUGAAGCAGCAGAUGAGACCAUGGAAUCAUCUGGUGCACCAUCAACUGCCCUUGAUCGUCAAAUGUUGAAAUAGAUGCAGAUGGCAUGCACUUAUUGCCAUCUGUCAUGUGUGCCACUAGGCUCCUAUUGGACCCUAUUCCAUAUUGUAAGGUGUAAUAUGUUUCAUGGUCCCUACAAAACACCAAGUACUCUAGUCAUCGAAAUUAAGAUUGGAUACUUAAUUUGGUACCUGCUUUAGUUUUCUCAGUAUUAUGAGGCUGUAUAGAGACCUACCCUGUGCUUGUAAGCUGUAUUGGUUGCAUGGUCUUUAUGCAAGUUAUGUUACCAAUAUGCACUUUUAUGAAGUACAUUGCAUUCAAUGACAGCAAAUUAUUGCAUAUUGAAUUGGCAGAGUGUACAGUAAAAGAUUUCUCAUUAUUUCAGUUAUAUUGACACAUAUAUAUGUAUGGUACAAAUACAAUAAUUGUAGGGCCUUAGGUUUGCUUGAGAAAUUUUUUGCUUUGAUUCUCAAGCGUUCCUGAUGUACCAAACUGCAUCAUAGUUCUGAUUUUUUAGCAAUAUUUUGACUCCUCACAUUCUAUAAACACAGCUGUUUUAUUGUGAUAGUUUGUAUAUUUUAAGAUCUUGUUUUACUCUGUUGUAGCAUUUUAAAGAGUCCCACUCUUGGGAACUUUUCUGUGACACAAAAUGCCAGUCUCCUUUUCUCCUUGGCACUGGUUGCCAUGAUUUCCUUUUAUUGCCAUUCCAAUAUUUUAGUUUAGUUAAAUUUUAUUCUAUUUUAUCUAGAAAAAAACACAUUGCUUUCCAUAUAUUUAAAUGAUUCGGCAUAUCAGUAUCUGAUGUAUGCAAUGCAAUCUGUACUUUACUAUAAGCACUGUAUAAACCUUUGAUGUACAGUAUUUUCACUAAUGAAUAGCCUAAGUCAGAGGUACAUGGUACUGAUUGUAGCCAUUUAACUAUUUCAACCUUAUUUAUCUCUCACUGGUUGGGCAUACAGUAUGUUGAAAAGUUCUUAUGUUUUACCAUUUUGUUGAAUUGCACUACUGGAAUUUUCUGACAGCAUCCUGAAUGUGCUACUCACAUAAAGGAAAAAAAAUCAUUGUACACAAGUUGGUUCCUUUAAUUUGGUGUGUGCUGCUUGAUGACAUUGUAUUGCAUUUGUUGUGUAACAUGUCUUUCUACUCAUGAUUAGAUUUUGUCAAGUGCCUUCAACCCACCACUAAGAUCAAAAAUAUCUUGGCAAUCUUGGACUUACACACUUUUGCGCCCAUGUGUGACAUUUUUAUGAAUGGAUUUACAGUGCACAGAUUUCUAAGAACUUUAAGUUAACUAUUUGCAUAUGGUUUGUAUUUCUGUCUGUUCCACAAAAUAUUCACUAUUUUCCAGCACAUAAAAUAUCUUGUCUUAGUUGUGGAAAUAAACCUGAUUCUCACAAAUUUAAUUUCAGCAGAUAAAUCUUAUCCUCAGGUUUGCUAGGAAAUGCCAGUAUUACAUCUACACUCAUUUAUCAAGGUGUUGUUCACACAUUCCUGUACAUUAUUUGUUUUGCUAUUUGUUUGGAUAUAUCUUGUAUCACUGUAGGAUUAAUAUUUACUUUCUGCUUUUAAUAUCUGCUGCUUUUGGAGAGUGGCUCAGAUUCAUUGUAAGUGUUCCACGUACAAUAAUGUUUUUGAUUUAGUGUAUAGAGCAUAUGUACAAGUACACAUGUACUUACCUUGAUACAAAAAAUACUUGGAUUUUCCCUUUUACAAUGAGUGGGCUACUCUCUAGCUUUACAUGUAUUCAUAAUUUUCCCUCAUCUAUCUAUGUUAUUUCUAUUCUAUUUGUAAGUAUGUUAAGAAAGUCAGUCUCUUGCAGUUCAGUAUCUGUAUUUUCCAAUAGUCUGUAGGGGAGGAAGAUACAAAGCUUCUUGUCUUUGUCUUCACUCACCUAAAAUGUUCAAGUAAUUUAAUUUCAAGCUAUUUUAAGAAAAUUGAGCAGAAAGUACAGCAUAUCUGACGUAAGUUAGAUGUUAUCCUGCUGUUUUCAUUGUGAUAGAGCUGUACAGAGAAGGAGAGUUUAGAAGAGUUCUAUCAAAACAAAUAAUUCAAAUCCAAAUACUGUCAUCACUUGAUGACUCUUCAGCUUCUAAGCAAAACAAGCUCUAAUGAUACAUCCGGAAAAACAAAGGUUUUACGUAAUGGCCUCAAUUAUACUGCAUUUUAAGACAA